AAGACCGCCGCGGUUCCGUGUUCCAGUCAGCUCAUCGACAAGAACUACAGUUUCGGUGUUUGACAGUGUAAAGUUAAGACAAAGAAGAAGAAAUACGUUUCUCCACAACAAGCCAAGAAUGACAGACAGGAAACCGUGUAAGGUGUGCGACUUCACCCGACAGAAGUCCUACGGGGUGGCAGUUCCCUCCUUAGAUGACCUGAAGAUGAAAGGAAGUGAGUUUCUUGGGUUCAGUCCUGGUGAGCCUGUCACAGUGGUCCUGGAGAAUGAUGGGACGAUAGUAGAGGAUCAAGCCUACUUUCUGUGUCUACCUUUAAACACAAAGUUCAUGUUGUUGCACGAAAAAGAGACAUGGUCACCAGUUCGCAGGGUGGAUGGUGGCACGGCCUGGAUGGCCAGAGAUUCUUUGUUGCUGGAGGCUGAUAUUGUGGAGGCCGAUACUGUGGAGGCUGAUAGUGUGGACGCCUCCAGUGCUGCAGCACCCUGGCUGGACCUGGCUCAGCAGCUGAAGCAGGACCUUGCCAGCAUCAUCCUCAUGUCGGAGGCAGACUUACAGACAUUAGUGGAUGCCCCGUGCCUCGAGCUCGCCUCUGCUCUGGGCUUCCAAGAGAAGAAGGCCGAGGACCUGCAGGAGACAGUGCAAAGGGUUCUGGACAGACGAGAGGAGGAGAGGCAGUCCAAGGAGCUGCUCCAGCUCUACCUCAAAGCUGCGGAGAAAGAGGACGGACAGCAGGAAGACCAAAGCCAAGGGGCCGGAGACGUGGAGGUGGAUGCAAUGGAGGUGGACUCUGCAUCCGGAUUCAUGUCCAGGACACUGAUGGUCCUGAAAGGCAAAACAAGCCCAGAGACCAGACUGUCCACUGAGGAUCUGCAGAUGGUUGUGAGCAGAGGGGUGCAAGCUAUGGAGCAGGUGCUGGGCUGGGACCGACUGAGGACUUCUGCGCUGCUGCAGGCCUGCGAAGCCGAGCUGACCGGACGUCUCCAGCAGGUUCAGGCCGUGCAGUCCAUCAGGAGCAACACACAGCUGGAGUCCAGUUAGCAGAGCACGGAGGAGGGUCUAGAUACGCCUGGGCCGAGGCUUCACCGGAGAAGAGACUGAUAAGAACUCACACAACCUGCCUCAGGGUCAGAAGAAUGGGAUUUACCUUGGGUUAAUAAUAGGAUCCAUAACGCUGGAAUCCAUGAAUGUUAAUGAUGUUGACGUUUGCAUAAUUCUGUUGAACUUGCAAACCACUUGAAUGCUUUUUGCCUCAAGAGGAAGCAGAGUCAUUUGCACAAGUCAUGUUUAUCAAAGACAUGCUGGCGUUAACCACUGGCAUCCACUUUUCUAUUGGCUCCUUAUUUUGGUGAGUGCCAUGCUGUGCAAAUAAUCACAGAUAAACAUAUCCAUGUGAAAAGCAAAACAUUUUGGGAAAUAUGCCAAUUCGCUUUUCUUGUUCACUGGGAAGAUCGAUACCAUCGCUCUCUGAACACUCGUUCCGUAUGAAGCUGCAGCCAGCAGCCCGAUAGCUUAGGUUAGCUUAGCAUAACGACUGGAAACUGGGAAACAGCCAGCUCGCACCAGCCCCUGGUAAGCUCAGCAAUUAACGCCUAAGAAGUAGUCCCACACAUUAGCCCUGUAAAACCCCAACUUGUGGGUUUUGUACUUCAUUGGUGUGAUUUAAACGAUGAGAUUAAGGGGCGCUAGCUUUUGUUACCUUCAGAGCCAGGCUAGCUGUUUCCCCUUGUUCCCAGUCUGUAUGCUAAGCUAUGCUUAUGGCAGCUUGGUAUUUAGUUGAUAGGAAUGAGAGUGGUAUCAAAGCGUUCUUCCCAAUAUUUCUUACCCCCCGGUGCACUAUAGGUAAGAAAUAUGCUUUGAACUAGCUAGACCAACCCUGUGAAUCUCCAGCAUUUGGUGAGUAACAACAUCUAUUGUUUUGUAUCUCUUUGAAAGAAUGUAGGUGCUUUCACUGAAAUUACAUUUACAUCUUGAGUAUAUGGGAUCUUUUGGGAUGGGUUUUGUUAUUUCAGUCCGCUGGUUCCUUUGAUUUGACCUUUUUGUCAGUUUUGAGGGCCACUAUUGGACCCAAAUAAUUUCUAACUUGUGAUGAAAAUAAACAGGCCCCCCUACAGGGAACAUGAACAUUUUAUUUUUGUAAAUAAACUACCUGAAUGUGGCAUUAUCCUUUCCAUGUUGUACCACCAGUCUUCAUGCAUGUGGUGUGAAAUGUCAUCACCUGAUGUGUGACCAUUUCGAGAAUCUCUACGUGGAAUACAAAGAAUGGUAGAAAUACCAAAUAUGAUGAGCACAGGAACUCUCUACAUAAGGCACAAUGCUAAAGGAACGUCUACAGCACUGCGAUAGACUGACGUGGAGUGCAGACAGGAUCAUACUGAGAGAAAUGUAUUACUGAGAGAUGUAUGCAAAUGUGGACGUCAACCAAAUGUAUUUGUAUAAAAGCUUCAUUUGAAAAGGGUACGCCGACUAAUUCAUCACUAACAAUAAAGGGUAUGACAGGAUAAGAAGUAUUUCAGGUCAUACGGGGAAGCUUCACUGAACACAUUAUGGGUGAGAAUGACAGCUUCAUCUUUGAGUUGCACAGAACCAAUAUUUCUGGAUGAAAGCUCGCUUAAGACCAUCUAUUAUAGACGUUAUGUAUCAGUGUCGGGGCUGUGUGAUGUAAGAUGGUGUGUGUGCAAUGUGUGCAGGUCCGUGUGACUCAUAGGUCAUGUAGAAGAUAGCCUUUGUCAUGCCUGUCGUCUCAUCACUGCUCUCUUGAACAGUGAUCAUGAAUGACGGGUGAAUUUGCGGAGGGAUCAUCCGUUUGUGUCGCCGUGAGAUUGAGAUGACACCACUGUCUUGUACUUUAGUAUUUGUUAUUCAUCAAGAUCUCCUAGUUACUCAGUCUACGACACGCGGCUUCCCCAAAGGUGAGCAUUCUCUCUCUCUGCCGUUGUAUAACCCUCUGUCACGUGUCAGCUCUCCGGUGCGUUCACACUCUAUUUGAUUUGAACAUGCGCGACAAAUGUUACAUGGGAAUUUGUAUAUGAGCGUACAUUCUUAGAUUGAAGGUGCCUUUUAUAAACAUGUUGAAUGGUGGUAAGAAGGGUUUUCUAAAUUCAACCAGCCCUCAAGCUUUCGACAGUUCUCUUGACCUUUAUUAUUAUUAUGGCGGAUUUCAUUCUUGACGCCAUUCUUGAGACUACUUUCUCUGAAGAGCUAAAUCUAAUGCCAAAUACAGUGUUGGGCUCAAAGCUAUAGGAGCUGUUCUUUGUGAGAAUAAAAUUUAGAGUCACUAAAAUACUGAUUAAUGAAUUCUUCCCAUGGUCAGAAAUAAGUAAGCCUCCAUUUAUAGCUCUCUCCUCACAUACAGUACAACACAUUCAUGCUCAAGAUGAAGGUUUUUAGCUAUAAGCCUACUGGCUGCAUGCUGCUGCUGCUACAUAUUUUCCAACAGUUGGUUAAUGGCUUUCAUGCUGUGGGUAAUUGCUGUGGAAUUGGCUCCAACUAGCUGAACAGUUAGAAGUGAGUGGGGU